CACACACACACACACCUUGGCAGCUUUUCUCUCUUUAAGGGAGAGAGAGCGAGAGGAACCCUCCUCCCUAGAAAUCAAAGCCUCCCCUGUCAUUUAGCCCCCGUGUUUCUGUCCGAGGAGGACAAACGAGAAAGAAGCUUGCAUCGUUAGGAGCUAAGAAGCCAAGAGGCGCGCGCGCGCUCACACACACACACGCACACGCUCUCUCACUCACACACACACACAAAAGCAAAAAGGGGGAAAGGAAAGAAAGGGGGGAAUCAGAGCAUAAUGAUGCACCUAAAUGAAGGGGGAAAUGUUGCUCAGCUCGUUUUAUUAAUCAGACUGUCAAUUUCACCCCAGAGGCCAAACCCCAGAGCAAUCCAUGCAAGAUCUGAUCGAGCAAAGGACAAGCGCUUCUCUUCACUCCGGGUCUCUCUCUCUCUCUCUUUCUCUCCCUCUGCCUCCCUACCUGGAUCUAUUUGUCUGCUCCGAAGCCGCCUUCAUUAUCCGUUGACAGGAGCUUGUAUUUAUUUGCUUAUAAACCUGUUACAAUAAAUGAUUAUUCGACCAGCGUCAUCCGUACCUUAAUGACGAGCGCUCCCUAUUCGUGAUGAAUGACAUUUCGGGGCUAGGAAGGAUGUAUGGGUCAUUUUGACCAGUCAUUCCCUCCGCUUUUGCAUCUCGCCUUUUUUUUUUUUUUUUUUUACGCCUCCCCUUCCAAAAGAGGUAAUAAUAAUAUUUAGAGACACUCGCCGGGCUGAAUGCGAAUUAGCCCCUGCUGCACGGCUCAUCAUUAGGAAGACGAACCCUUUGCAACCUUGACAUAUAUAUAUAUAUAUUUAUAUAUAUAUAUACUUUUUUUUCCCAAGGAGGGGGGAAAAAGAGCUGAGAGAUGAUGGAAAGAAUAAGAAAAGAGAUGAUCCUGAUGGAACGAGGGCUGCACAGCCCCACGGCUGGCAAAAGGCUGGCGAAUUUGUCCGACUCGGCUGGCAACGUGGUAUUGGAGGCCCUCGAAAAUUCGCCCCACGGCGGCCGCCUGAGCCCGAGACUGACUUCCGCUUCUCUGCACACCUCUUUAGGGGACAUCCCUGCCAAAGGGAAAUUCGAAAUAGACACUUUAUUCAACCUUCAGCACCAGAGCGGCGAAAGCGGCGUCGGCGUCGCCACCUCGGAGCUGCCUCCCUCCGAAGGGAGGAAGAAGAUUAGCCAUUACUCAGAAGUUGCUCAAGAGGCAGAUAUGAACAGCGACGUGGAGGUGGGCUGCUCUGCGCUCCGCUCCCCCGCCAGCCUCACUUCCUCCCAGCUGAAGGAAAACAAUAACAAAGGAUAUUCCGAGAGCAGCUCCACGCCCAGCACCACCACCUCGUCCUCGGGUUCCAGUUUAAGCAGCCUGCACGGCGGCAGCGGCUUGGGGAACUCCAGCUCCGGAGCGGAUCAAGUGCGGAGGUACCGCACCGCCUUCACCCGGGAGCAGAUCGCUCGGCUGGAGAAGGAGUUCUACCGGGAGAACUAUGUCUCUCGGCCCAGGAGGUGCGAGCUGGCCGCGGCUCUCAACCUGCCGGAGACUACCAUCAAGGUGUGGUUCCAGAACCGACGGAUGAAGGACAAGAGGCAGCGGCUGGCCAUGUCGUGGCCCCACCCGGCGGACCCCAGCUUCUACACGUACAUGAUGACCCACGCGGCGGCCACGGGGAGCCUGCCUUACCCGUUCCAUUCCCACGUGCCCCUGCACUACUACCCGCACGUCGGGGUGACGGCGGCCGCGGCCGCGGCUGCGGCGUCGGGGGCCACCGCCUCACCUUUCGCCACCUCCAUUCGCCCUCUGGACACCUUCCGCGCCCUCUCGCACCCUUACUCCCGGCCGGAGCUGCUGUGCAGCUUCAGACACCCGGGCCUCUACCAGUCGCCCGCCGCAGCCGCCGCCGCCGGUCUCAACAGCAGCGCCGCUGCCUCGGCCGCUGCAGCUGCAGCCGCGGCCGCCGCUGCCGCAGCCUCGACGGCUCCUCCGGCCGGCUCCGCGCCCUGCUCCUGCCUCAGCUGCCACAGUAGCCAGUCGGCGGCGGCCGCGGCCGCGGCAGCCCUGGGAUCGCGCGCCUCCGGCUCGGAUUUCACCUGCACCGCGGCCGGAGCGGCGGCGGCGGCCGCCUCGCAGCGCUCGGAGAGCGGCUUCCUGCCUUACUCGGCCGCCGUGCUCAGCAAGACCGCCGUCCCUUCCCCAGACCAGCGGGAGGAGGCCGCCUUGACCAGAUAACUAGCCAGCCCCCCCACCCCGGCGGCCAGUGGGAGGCGCUGUUGAGCCGGGGUGGCCGAGGGCAGAAGAGAACCGUUUUGUACAACGGAGGGGAGGGGGGGCAUACACUGGAACUCUAGCAAAAAGGUUUUUUUUUUAAAGUACUAUAAUUGAUAAUUGUUGUUUUGCUGUUGUUCUCACGCCCUGAUUUAAAAAGAUGGCUGCUGGGAGAGGGUGGUUGGAGGAGGAAGGUGUGGGGAGCAGCCCCAAACAUACUGGCCUUUUAACAUUCUGUGCUUCCUCUCUCCCCCGCCCCCUCCUCACACCCAACAAGCACCCCCAGUUGUUAGGAUUGGCGAAUGAUCGUUUCUAGACAUUCUGCACUCAAUGCAGCCAUCCGAGCUCCGGAGGGUGCUGCCUCGCUCCCCCUGCUGGCAGCAAUGGGAACUGCUCUUGGGCGCCUCUGACCUGCAGCCGACGGUUGUUAGCACGGCUGGAUACCUAAGCAGCACCUUAUCCUUGGUCCUCUGCAGGAAGGAUGGCUAACCUGUGGCCAGCCCGAGAUGUUGCUGAGCGGCGGGUUAAGCCAGCAGGGCCAAUGGUUGCUCUAGUAGCAGCCAUCUCGAAGGCCGGCGCUUGUGCCAGCUGCGCAACCCAAACGCAUGGUUUGGGCAUCUUUUAAAACAAACCUAUAUAUAUAUACAUACAGUAUAUAUAUAUAUAAAGGCAAACCCCAAUUCCUGCAUUUAGUGGGGAUCUGGCUGAGGACGAAGCACACAAACCCAGCAGAAAUUUGCCACAGAGAUGCCUGUGGCGACUGAUGGGCAAAGAAACCGGGUGCUUUAUAGGAGAAGAGGAAGGGGGAAACGCGGUUCUUAUUAUGGUUUCCUUCUCCUCCUGCCCUCUUGAACUGGAAGAGGCUGGCUACUUUCUUCUUAUUCUUUUGGAGGGAUGGCAGUAAACAGAGGGUGGGCCAGUAGAAAGAGAAGGGAGUGUGAGACUGACAGCAAUACUCGUCCAGGAAACAGGGCGAGGGAUUUACGUUCUAUUUUUUAUUUUUUAUUAUUUUUUAGCUUCCUGCUUUCCGAGCACCAUAGUCCACAAUUUAUCUGGGAAAUACUUGAAACUUUAUUGGCAGGUGAGGCAUUGUCUCGAAUCACUGACCUUCCGGGUACUUUAAGUUUAAAAACAAACAAACGAACGUGUCUUUUUUUUUUUUUAAUGAAACUUUAAUUUGCAAAGAAAGGACUCCAUCCAAAGGAAUCAUGUUUCUCGGCAUUAUUUCGUCACGCGCCUUUGGCUCUGACAAACCACCACUGGGGAAAGGGAGGGAGAGACCCAACCCCCUUUUGCUACUUCCUGGAGGGACUUCCGUGAACUUGAAGAAAGGCACACACACACAAAAAUACACACCCGGUGUUACUGCCGUGUCAAUUUUGAUGCUAAUAAUGUGCAGAUUAUGACGAAAAUUGCCAAUCAUGUUCUCUGAUGGACCUCCUUUGAAUGUGGAAUGGGGGGGGGGGAGUUCCCCGCGCGGAGACCUGCUGUCAAGUACUAACAACCCGCUAAGGGAAGUCAUUAGAAGAGACAGAUAAGAGACUUGGAACAUAAAACAUUGUUCUUGGUGCAAAGAAUGUAUGUUAUUUAAUGUUAUAUCUGUUACCUUGGAAGUGAUUCUGCACAAGGAAACCGCGGUUCUUAUCAUCUCAAUUGCCAAUUUUCAUUUUGGUAACGCGGGCGCCCCGGGUAGACUUUCCCUCUGUUCCGUUGAUAUUCCACCAAUGUGAAGAGAGCCUCAUUAAAUCAAACACGGAUAUUUCCAUAAUGCUCCCCACAGAGGCACUUCACUCUUCACAUAAUGAGAUUUUUCUGAAGAGUUGAAGCCCUCAAAUAACUAGCUAUUGCUUAUUUAGGCCCUGAGUGUACGGUGUGAAAGCAGGGAGACACAAGCCCAUCCAUUCUCGCUAAUUUAUAUAUAUUUCAAAUAAGAGUCCUGAAAUUCUUCUGGUUUUUAAGACACUGGAGUUUUUGGUUUGUUGUUGUUUUUUUAAAAAAUUGUUCUGUUCUUUCAUUUCCGCGUUCUAUUCUGUUCUUUCUGCGUUAUGAUAAUGGGCAUUCAGGAAAUGAUUUUUGAAGUCUCUUCUGUUCAGUGAACAUAAACUGUAGAGUUUUGUUGUUGUUGUUUUCAAAAAAUGUGCUUUUGGUCAGAGAAUGGAGACAGAUUGCUUGGCUGGAGGUAGGAUAGCACUGGGGUGGCGAAAGAGAAGAGGGUGGACUAUUUGAACGAGAACUCUUCGUAGCAUACAAAAAAACCCCUCUAAAUUAAUUACCUAAUUUUCACAAGAGGUGUGUGUGUGGGGGGAGGAAUAAAGUUUUUUUUUUUUGUAAGACUAACUGACAAUACUACUUAUGUAUAAAAAGAAGAAAAAUAUACCAGCUGUUGUCAACUGAGUUUAUAUUUAAUUUUUUAAAUUAAUAUAUAAUUUAAUGCUCAACAAAUAGACCAAAACGCGGCAGUCUUUUUACCAGCUUUUACCUUUCGGAUUCUCGAUAUCGUUUGGUAUAACCGCCCUUACUUGGAUGUAGAGACAAUAAUUUUGGCAAUAAUGUUUACAUUUUUCCAAAAUAUAAAUAUAAAUAUAAAUAUAUAAAUAUAUAUCUUAGAACUGAUCGAUAAUGUGGCUGGUUGGUUGAAAAGAAAAGAAAAGGCAGAACAUAAAAUCGUGUUAUGUUAGGUCCGUUGGACCUGGUUAUUAUUAUACGAAAAGUGUAAAUAAAGUCUUAGUGCUUCAGAUAUCGCUGGCUGUAUGAACCCACUGUAAGAUAUUUUACAAAUGUGCAAUAAGGAGAAAGCUUUGUAUAUUACGUUAUUUAUUGUGUUUGGUCAUGUAAAAUAAAUGUUAUUUAAAUCAAAA